UUUUUUGUGUGAGGGCACCCCUGACUGCGCCUCUGGUGCUAUCCGGUGGCGCCCUCUAUCCUCAUAUCGUUUUGUUGUGCGACACGAACAACGAGUAAGAGUACGAAGAAUCCGAAUUAUACACAAAUUAGCAAGAAUUCCGAAGACGCAAAUAUGUCGAAAGAAAAGAAAAGAAAGAGGUCGAGGUCGAGAUCUAACGAAAGGAAGAGGACUGAGGAGACGAGGUUCCAAAAUAUGCAAACGCAAUUGGAUAACCUCACUAGCCUUGUGGUCGAGCUGACGCAGAGCAUGGCAGCGCGUGAACCCACGCCGCCAAAAGAAAAGAAUGACCAAGAUUCCCUCCCAGGAAAACAGAAUGAGGGGGAGAAUGAAAAUAUGACGGGAAGUACCACCGAAACUCCCGAAGAGCAAAACCCCUCGCCUGAAACCAACAAGGUAUCAGAGGAAGGGGAGAUCGUGGAGCUCGAGACUUGCGAACGAGCUGCAAGGAAAGAAAACUUUCUGGACUUGCUGGGCGAAGACCCAACAGCCUCAAAAGAAAUCAAGAUUGCGUUCGACGUAGACUUACAGACAAGGUGGAAAAAAUGGAUGGAAGAUGGGUGUCCAGAGGAAACCAAGAAAAAGACCCUUGAAAAAUAUCCGAGGAAAGCAGAACUGUACACGGAAGCCCCAAUGAUAAAUCCAGAAAUCGUUACCACGAUGACGGAUAUAGGGAAAAAACGUGACCAACAUUUCGAGUACACGCAAAACUGUGUAGGCUCGGGUAUAUCUGCCAUUGGGGGAGCGAUCUCCAUGAUUCUUAACCCACCGGAGGACGGGGUUGACGAGCAAUUGCUCCUCGAGUACCUCUGUGAUGCAGGAAAGCUAUUCACGGACGUGCAUCACCAGCAAACGGUGGCGAGAAAGUCGUUUAUCACGCCAAUGCUAAACAAGUCAAUGAAACCGAUAAUCGACGCAGCAAAAUCGGAUGUAUGGCUGUAUGGCGAAAAAUUCGCUGAGAGGUUGAAGGAGGCAAAAACCGUUGAAAAAGCGUGCGCCGAUCUCAAAUCGGCGGAAAAACCAUCCGAAAAGAAUAAAACACGGACCCAGGGAAACUGGAAACACCCACCUGCAAACUAUCGUCAGGUGGGAGGAACUCAAAAACGACAAUCAAUGAAGUUCAAGCAGAAGCCGUACACGGGAAGACCGCAGCCCCGACCGUCGUCACGAACAUCGUCACAAACGAGGAGGAAAUAAGCUCGGUAAGGGUCAAAGCGGGUCGUCUAAAAUUCUUCACCAAAAAAUGGGAAGAAAUCACGACAGAUAAAUUUACCCUGCAAUGCGUUACAGGAUACAGAAUCCCCUUUACGUUUCACCCGGCUCAAACAAUUCCUCCCAAAGAACCGCCUAGAUCAGCAUAUGAGGAGAAGCUCCUAAAAAGUAGCAUAUAUGAGUUACUCUCUAUUGAGGCAAUCGAAGAGUGCGAAAGUUGCGAAGAGCAGUUUCUUUCGUCGUAUUUCCUCGUGCCCAAGCCGGAUGGGUCAAACAGAUUCAUAAUUAACCUGAAAAAACUAAAUAAGUUUAUAGAAGCGCCCCAUUUCAAAACGGAGGACAUCCGAACUGCACAAAACUUACUAUCGAAGCAUGAUUUUAUGGGAAAAAUAGAUUUGAAGGACGCGUACUAUCUAGUACCUCUUUAUAAACCGCAUAGAAAAUUCCUAAGAUUUUCGUUCCAAGGAAAAUUGUUUCAAUUUAAAUGUCUCCCAUUCG